AUGGCGUCGGCGGCAGAGGUGGCCAGAGAGCUCCAGCAGGAGCUGACCUGCUCCGUGUGCAUGGAUUUCUACACCGACCCGGUGACGGUGGACUGUGGGCACAGCUUCUGCCAGCCGUGCCUCGCCAGGUGCAGGGAGGCGCUGUGCCCGGAAUGCCGCGGGCCCCUGGAGGAGCGGGAGCUGCGGCCUAACCGACGCCUGGGGAAGCUGGCAGAGAUCGGGAGACGGCUCGGCCCCCGGCUCCUGCGGAGCACCGAGCCCAAAUCCAUGUGCCCGAGGCACCAGAAGCCCCUAAAGCUCUUCUGCCAGGAGGACGAGAGUCCGAUCUGCGUGACGUGCUACCAGGACCCCGAGCACGACCAGCACAGCGUCUGGCCCCUAGACGAAGUGGCCGACUCCUACAGGGAGAAGUUCCAGCAGCUUCUAAAACAACUGUGGAAAGAGAUGGAGGAAGUUCAGGCAGUGCUGGGCCAGGAGAGGUGGAAAUCCAAGAGGCGCAAGGUGGAGGUCCAGAGCUGGAGGCAGACCCUGGUGUCCGAGUUCGGGAAGAUGCACCAAUUCCUGGAGGAGGAGCUGGAGCAGCGGCUGCGGAGGCUGAAGCAGGUCGAGGAGAAGAACGCGUGGAUCCUCUUGAGGAACGAGGGACGUCUAGUUGAGCAGAGCCUCGCGUUGCGGACCACCAUCGCCGACCUGGAGGCCCGGUGUCAAUGCGGGGCUUCCGAGCUGCUGCGGGACGUGAAAGGAACACUAAGUAGAGCUCUGUCGAUGCUGCGGCAGAAGCUGGAAACCACGUCCUUGCAGCUGUGUGCCUGCUGCGUACCGGGCAUGAGGGAGAUUCUCAGCAGAUAUGAAGUGGCCGUGACCAUGGACCCUUCCACAGCCAGCCCGUGGAUCAUAGUUUCGGAAGAUCUGAAGAGCGUGAGGUUUGUAGAGCACCAGCGGGACCUGGAAGGCAUGGAGGGCCGAUUCACCAACUGCGCCAGCGUGCUGGGCGCUGAGCGCUUCUCUGAGGGCCGGCACUAUUGGGAAGUGGAGGUGCAGCCAGGAGCCGAGUGGGAGGUGGCCUUGUGCAAGGAGUCCAUGAGCAGGGAGCGGACCACCCAGGUGGGCAAGGGGGACAUCUUCUCACUGUUGGCCGUGGAUGACGAGGUCACCUACAGUGUGUGCACAGCUUUCCCCUGGAUCCAGCACCAGGGCCACUUGCAGGCCAGGCGGGUCGGGGUCUUUCUGGAUUAUGAGGCUGGGGUGGUCUCCUUCUACAACGUCACAGAUGCCUGCCUCAUCUUCAGCUUCCCCCCAACUCACUUCUCUGAGCCUCUGAGGCCCCUCUUCUCACCCAGCCUCCGACCAGGCGGGACUUACUCUGCACCCCUGACCAUUGUCCCAGUCAAUAGCCUUGGCUGAAGACUGGGUGACUUCUCUUCUGCAACCUCCUUCCCCUCUCCCCUCACCCCACCAGUUCUCUGGAGGCCCCGCCAGCUGUUUGGGGUGGUGUCCACAGGGUCUCUUCUCUCCAGGGGUCUUCACUCCAUUUUGGGAGCCAUGGAUGGGGUGUGCCGAUAUGGGAUUCAGCACUCUUGACUCUUGACUUUCUCUGCAGGGGUCUAUCCAAGAUCCAAGGACCACGGCGGUGAGCCCAGAUCUGGGUUCAGAUGGCACUGUUU